AUGUCAUACUACGAAAAUCAAGCCCAAACCCAGGCGUCAACCUGGCAAAGCUCUCGCCCCAACUGGGAAGGCCGGGCUGCUCAAAUGAAGCCUGAAGACCCCGCUGCAUUUGGCGCCCAGAUUGAUGAGGUUGACCGGGCUGUUGAUAAUCUUGUCAAGAGUGGAAAGAUGUUUGCCCCUCAGCGCCGUGAUUCCUUGCCAGUGUUGAGCCCCCGUGGUUUCCCUGAACAUGGUUCAGAAACGCGCAUGGGAAACGCUUUACCGACUCGUCACUACUCUGUUCAGGAUUUUGACGUAAUGCGUUCUCAGUCUGCUGCGAAUCUCCAGAACUUUUACGCCACUCAGCGCUUUCAGCCGCGUCAAACAGAGGCAGAACAGAUGAUGCAGGCAAAGCGAAGGUUGGCAGCUCAAAGGGAGCGUGAUCUGCGCAACUAUCAUCAGGAGCAGCAGUAUAAUAGGACAUUGUUGGCCGAAAUUUCCACCUACGGAAAGGAUCGUGUCAUGAGUCCUAGCGCUAUGACCGAGGACGAGCGACGUGAUCUUAUUGCUCGCCAGCACCGUGCUCUUUAUGCUGGAGGCCCCGAUGGCCAUGCAUCCGAGGAUGGCCAUUUGGAUGAGAAUACUGUCUCACGAGGCUCUAACAUCCACUCCAAUGGCCCCUCGGCACCGGGUUCUAAUGCUGGUGGUACACGUGUUCAAACUCCUGCCACUGAGCAAGGUCAGCAUGCUGGGCAGUCUGCCGUCGCUUCGCCGACGCGUUCACGCACAAACAGUGCUCAAGCACAGUCCAGUCGGACUUCCGCCUCGUCUCCUGGUGGCUCUCCACCACGUGCACAGCGUGCACCUUCAACACCCGUGACUUCAUCAGGAGUCGCUCCCAUUGGGACACGCCCGACACAGGGUCAGAACCCUGCAGUGCAGAACAGCAAAAGGUCAACAACACCUUUGCCUUCACCCUUGAGCUAUGGCUUUGCACAGGAGAGCGACCCGUUUAAUAAUAUUUCAAAGGAGAGGUCUUCGCCUGCGCCUUCUAAUAACUCCACUCCCAACGGUCAAGGUUCCGAUGGACUUGGCUGGAGCAAGGUUUGGGGCCCUAGCAACAAGAGCCUUGGAACUGUCGCUAGCGUUUGGGGUUAA